AUGCCAUUUGGUUUAAAGAAUGCCGGAGCUACUUACCAAAGGACUAUGACUACUUUGUUUCACGAUAUGAUCCACAAGGAGAUGGAAGUUUACGUGGAUGACAUUAUAAUCAAGUCCAAGAAAGCAGAAGACCAUUUGAUUGAUCUAAGAAAGUUGUUUGAAAGGUUGCGAAAGUACAAUUUGAAGCUAAAUCCUGUGAAAUGCGCCUUUGGAGCACCAGCUGGUAAACUGUUGGGAUUCAUUGUCAGCAAAAAAGGCAUAGAGAUAGACCCAGCAAAGAUCAAGGCAAUUCGAGACAUGCCAGUGCCAAAAACGCAGAAAGAUGUGAAAAUUCAAAAGUUUAGACACUACCUGCUAAGUCACACAAUAUAUCUCAUAUCCCGCUCUGAUCCUCUGAAAUACCUCUUGGAGAAGCCGAUGCCAACUGGGCGUCUGACCAAAUGGCAGAUGAUUCUUUCGAAAUUUGACAUUGUUUUCAUUUCGCAAAAGGCUGUCAAGGGACAAGCUAUAGCCGAUCAUUUGGCAGAAAAUCCAAACGAUGAUGACUAUCAACCGCUCCAUACUUAUUUCCCCGACGAGGAGGUUUUACUUGUUGGUGCUGCAAAAGACAUGAGCGAGCGGUGCCCUAAAUGGAGGUUAUUUUUCGAUGGUGUGGCUAACUCUUUCGGUGCCGGAAUAGGAGCAGUUCUUGUAUCCCCAAAAGGAAAGCAUUACCCUGGAGCCGCUAAAUUGCAAUUUGCCUGCACAAACAAUAUGGCCGAAUAUGAAGCCUGUAUUUUUGGUCUUAAAAUGGCUUUAGAGAUGGAAGUUAAAGAGUUAAUAGCCUUCAGUGAUUCAGAUUUACUUGUGCACCAAACGUUGAAGCAAUGGAUGACCAAAGACUCAAAAAUUUUGCCAUACCAUUGUAAUUUGCUCAAUUUGGCUAAACAAUUUCAAAGUUUGGAAUUCAGACAUCUCCCACAAACCCGGAAUGUAUUUGCCGAUGCCUUGGCCAACUUAUCUUCUAUGAUACAAUAUCCAGACGAAUUAGAAAUCGAACCAAUCCAGAUUCAGCUCCAAGACAAGUCUGCUCAUUAUUGGGUCGUAGACAAAUCUUCUAGCAAAAACCCUUGGUACAGUGAUAUUAAGGAAUUCAUCAAAAUCGGGACUUACCCUCCAGAAGCUAUUGCCAAUGACAAGGGUUUCCUGCACAGAAUGGCCUCGAAGUUCUUCCUAAAUGGAGAGACUUUGUCCGGAGAUGUAUUAAAUGUCAAAUGCAUGGCGAUGUUAUACGUGCUCCUCCCACCGAAUUGCAUAGCAUGA